UGUUGGCGUCAGAAUAGAAACUUUCCUGGGCUUGGAAAGGGCUCCUGUUCUGCUGGGGACUUUGGUUAGAAGUGAGAUCCCCGCCCCUGGUCUGAUUGCCCCACCCUUUCCCCCCGGGCCAUUGUCGCUGUCCCCUGCGUGCGUGCGUGGGCCCUCUGCUUCCCCGUCACGCUGCGUGGGUUCAAAAACACGAGGCCAUCCAUGCGUCCCUUGUCUGACCUUUAACCCGAGCCGUGGGGGUUGGGCUUGUCCGGCGCCUACACGCGCGAUCAGCUGAUGAGAGCGCAAGACGACCCAACGGUUCUGGCUGAUGGGUGAGGACGCAGCCAUGGGUCUCCGCCCUGGGCGGCCGCGGGGUGGGGCCUGAGAGCGGAGUGGGGGUGGCCAGGAGGCGGGGAGGAGGGCCGGGCUCGAUCGAUCACUGGUUCCUCCCUCCCCGGUGGAGAAGUGCAGACGCAGCUGUUCCCACGAGGAGAAAAUCUCCCCGAGAGUGGGUUUCUCGGCCCUCUGACCUGUGGCGUGGCUCAAACUUAAGGAAAUUGUGACAAAUACCCCAUCGUGGGCGGUUUACAACCUUAUCUGUACCGCUUUUCUCACAUUGUUCUGUGCAUUUCCAGUGUAUUACAUAAUAAAGGUCGCUUGUAGGGAAGAUGUCUGAGAAACUGAGGAGAUGCAGAAAGGAGCUGACUGCAGCCAUCGACCGGGCCUUUGAAGGAGUCAGCCAUUCCCAGGAGUGCUCGGGCCGCCCGCGGGUGGAGCUGGACGCCGCCCCACUCGCCUUCCCCCUCCCCGUGCACCGGCUCCUCUGCCGGAGGCACCCGCUGGUAGCCUGCUCCUCUGCGGCUCCAUUCUCUCCCGUCCGUGGCGCUCCGGAGAACGAGAAUGUGGCCUUUGCACCAAACCAUGCCCCCGUGAAUGCAAAGCCCCAGGCGCUCUGCCCCAAAAGAAAACCUCUGAGCAGCAAGGAAAACAUCCUGAUGCGUUCCUCCAUUUUGGCACCCGAAAGACAGUUUUGGCGAGCAACAGGAGAUGGGGAGAACUGGAGAAAAGACAGUCUAAGGAAUGAUACAGAGAAGGAUUUGAAAGUUGACCCAAGCAUCCCACUCGGUUCCAGCCAAGAGGUCACAAAGGAUCUGCUUGAUAUGAUUGACCAUACAAGCAUCCGAACUAUUGAAGAAUUGGCUGGUAAACUAGAAUUUGAAAACGAGUUGAACCGUGUGUGUGGCCACUGUGAAGAUUCGCCUUUCAAGGAGGAAGCCUGGGCCCUGCUGGUGGACGAGAGCCCUCAGAAGGCCCCGGACGCAGACUCUGGCAGCCUCAAGCAGGCUUUCGAUGACCACAAUAUCGUGGAGACUGUUCUGGACUUGGAAGAGGACUACAAUUUGAUGACCUCUUUUAAAUACCAAAUUGAUUUAUCUGCAGUGGACCUGAAUCACUUCUGCAGAAAGAAGAAAUUAGAGUUGUUUUUUAAAACCUUCACCUCCAACCAGCCGUGGGCAUCCCUCACCAGAUACCUGCCCAGAGUUCAUCUUGGCAAGCCAAACAAUCACUGGAUUGUUUCCGUGGAAACACCAAACUGCAGUUUGGAUUAGCAGAAUCAAAAUAGAAACAAGGCAGCUUCAAGAAUAAAUAGGAGCUUUGGAACCGGCUAGUUGCCAACUGCAAGUUCAACUUACAGCACAAGGCAUGUGAGAAGCUGGGCCCAUGCAGUUCUGUAAGGAGGGGUUUCCAGGUCCUCUGGCUGCAUGCUGCCUGCCGGGUUGAGGCCAAAAUCACUAGAAACCAGCUCUGUCAGUGUAUUGGUAAACUUUGUAACAACACUUAGGGCAGGAGGUGGUCUGCAGAAGCAAGCAAAGGCUGGGGACUGGAGGAAAAGAAGGGAGAAGGGACAGGAAAGAGGAGAGAUGAGUAAACGCCAAGUGAAGGUCCAGCAAGGAGCAGAGGCCACGCUGAGGCUCGAGAGUAGAGCAGCAGUUCUUUCGAGAGGACGAUUCAAGGGUGGCCAAGGGCUGGAAGCAGUGACCCCGCCCUCAGCCCCUUCCAGAUUUCAGUGUUUCCCUGCAUUCCUGGGCCUGGCCGGCUAGCCACAGAGAUCGAGACUAGAGCCUGAAUUCUUGCCAGGUAAGCUCUGGGGGCACUGAUGGUCAGUAAGCGUCUGCCUCAGUGUGGCUCCAGCCAGCAUAAUCAGGCACACAAGCCUACCUUCUCAUCUCUGAGUCUCAAGGCUGCCUGCCUCCUGCUCCCCUCACCAGGGGAGUGGGGGAGCCACCUCUUGGCCCACCAGCCCUGCCUCCUUAGCAUUCUGCUGGACCCUGCAUUUCCAAGCCCAGGGAAGACUCCAAGGGGGUCAGGAGACCAGGAGGAUAGAGACAGACCACCUGGGGUACCUGUGCCCCUCACCUUGGCCUCCAGGAAUGUGCUGGUAAGGCAGCACCAUCCUGCCGCAGGAGAAGCCGUGAGCUAUUAAUGAUCAAAGAAAUUGAUGAAAAGGAUUCCCUCCUCUUGAAUGACGGGCCAGGGGCUCAUCCGCUACCGGAGGGAGCCUCCUCUUAACAGAGGCACAAGAUGUUUGAUACGGCAGAGAAGGCCAGUGAACCAGAAAGGGGAACCGGGGGGGCCACUGAACCUGCUUGUAGGUCGUUAUUGAGAAGACUGUCAUCCGGAGACAAUCUGAGGCUCUGGUAAUUUGCUUUCUCCCUGGAGUACGUGGGAGAACAUUAAUAUUUUAGGUUCCUGCUAAAUAUUUAUAGAGGGAGCAAGGUUUUACUCAGGAAAUCUACUGACAAUGGAUUGCAGCCCUAGAGGGGAAGGACUUUCUGUGCUAGGCCAGCUGGAAAAUGCCUGAUUUGAUGAAGAGUUUUGGCCUAAGGCCUGGCAUGAAAAAUAAUUUUAAAACCUGCUCAGCUCUUGUAGGAAGGAGCUAUCUUUUUUGAGGGCAAAAAGGCUGUGGUUUUCUGGGUACUUUGGGCAGGAGCUGGCCUGGGAGAGAGGAAUGCGCAUCUUAUAGGAGACCUGUCGUCGGGAGCCCUGUCGUCAGGAGCCCUUUGGAACAUCUAAGACAAAAAAGGGAAGUUGCAGAGGGCUACUGGAGAGACCCAACUUUUAGGACAGGCUGCCAGAAGCUGUUUGAUAAGCAAGCUAUCCCUGCCCUCAGUAAAUGUUUGUCAGGUGUCUCCUAGUGACACACCACUCCUGGAUGCUAAGAAUACAGUAGGGAUGAGGUGGAGGCUGUUCUUUUAUUUUUUUACAGCUGCUGUUCUUGCUUCUGGAGUUUAUAUUCCACUAUGCAAGGUGUGCAAAAAUACAGAAUUAAAAUAUCAUUUCAGAUGGAACUAUCUGAGAGAAAUGAAAACAGGGUAAGGGAAUGGGCAAUGAGGAGGGCAAGCCCCUUAAGAGACCUGUCUGUAGGUGAUGUUUAAAUUGAUACUUGACUGUCAAGACAAUUAGGUGCUACAAGUGGCUUUUCCAUCCUCAGAUGGUAGCUGGGGUUGUAUAGUGGGAGGAGCCCCUAGGUGGGCCCUGGACCAGUAGACCUCCCACCACAUCCGCCCCUGUGUAGCUCCUUAGAUCUCUAUCCAAAAAUGUGUGCUUCAGGGAUGUGCUGGGCUGUGUCAUGCUCACCAAAUUUGGCAGGAACACAAUAGUUAAAAUAAAAAAAAAAAACCCUUAGGAAUAAAAUAAGAAAUAUAAUAUCCUUUCCUGAUGAUUACUAGAGACAGGCAGUGUAAUUUUAAUUAGCCCAGCCUUGUUAGGUGUUAAAUGUACUGCUUAUUCUACAAAAACACCCAGUUCAUGUAACACUGAGUCACUCUGGCCUUUUGACUUUAAACAAAAUAAAAUACUUCUGAAGAAAUACAGGAUUUCAUAACACAGCAGAAUUAAGGAAUAGAGGGUCCUGCUUUGGCAUUCUAAAGUUGGAAGGAAACUUCAAUGAGAAGGCCACAGUCAUCAAUGUUGGUGGAGUUUUCUCAACAGGGUCUCAGCUUUGAAGUAAAAUGAUUAAACUUUUCAACUUAGAGCAAUAAAACAUUUCCAAAUGCAGACUGCUCUGCCCUACAAGCCUCAGAGUAGCUGCUGCACACCGCCUGUAGCCUGUUUGGGAAGGGCUGGGUUCCCUUUUCCCUUGCCACCUUGGCAUAAGCAAAGAAAACCAGCGGGGAAGGCAGUGGAGGCUAGCAGAGGGGUGAGCAGAUAACCCUGAGACCCACAGAGGGCGCAGGGUCCAGGGCCGCCUGAGGCAGGGCCCAAGUCUCACUGUCUUGCCCUUACAGAGGGCUGCUGCCAUUGCCUGUGGCCGCAGGACACAGGAGGCUGUCGGUCUGGAAAUGAGAGAGUGAAAGCAGCUUCGGUUGUUACUGCCAAAGGUAUCACAGGCAAAUUAAACUCUACCAAAUUUUUGUGGGAUACACACCCCUGAAAAUAAAAAAUAUAAAAGAAAUCAGGAGCUAUUAUGGUCUACCUAGAAGCCCCAUUUUCAGGCAUUCCCUGGCAGUCCAGUGGUUAGGACUUAGUGCGUUCACUGCAGUGGCCCAGAUUCAAUCCCUGGUUGGGGAACCAAGAUCCCCAAAAGCCACCUUGCACAGCACCCCCCACCCCCCACAAAAAAAGCCCUAUUUCAAUGCUGUCCUGGCUUAAAGAUGGGAAAAUUCUGGAAGGUGUCCAUCCAUGAGGAUUUUUACUUUCAUAACAAUCAGUUUGAGUAGGGUAUGGUUUAUUAAAACGUAUGAGAAGGAAUAAAAAG